AUGAAGAACCCGGUGCCGCAGGCGGCCUCGCUGCUGCUGGAGAAGCUGCUGCUCCUCGUCCACGUCCGGCCCCUGCCCGCGGGCUCCGGCGGGGAACCGCCGCCGCCGCAGCCGGCGGCCCCCGGCUACUACGACACCAGCUGCUUCAAGCGGGGCGACCUGCUGGAGGUGCCCCGCACCCUCUUCAUCCACUUCGGCAUCUACCUGGGCGAGAACCGCGUCGCCCACCUGAUGCCCGACAUCCUGCCCGCCUUCACCGGCGACCGCCGGCAGAUCCAGCAGGUGGUGACCAACAAGCGGCUUAUCCUGGGCGUCAUCACCAAAACGGCCAGCAUCCGCGUGGACACGGUGGAGGACUUCGCCUACGGCGGCAGCAUCCUGGUCAACCACAUGGACCGGCUCUUCGAGGACCAGGUGCUGGGCAGCGAGGAGGCGGCCCGCCGGGCGGAGAAGCUGGUGGGCGCCACGGCCUACAGCCUGCUCUGGAACAACUGCGAGCACUUCGUCACCUACUGCCGAUACGGAGCCCCGGUCAGCUUCCAGACCGACAAGUUCUGUGAGACUGUGAAGAUGAUUAUUCGGGACCAGAGGAGUGUUCUUGCUUCAGUGCUUGUGGGAUUAGCAUCAAUAGUCUGCCUAGGUUUGGCACCCUCCACCACGCUCCCCACUAUCUUUAUUCCCUUCUUUCUGUGGAUGGCUGGCUAACAGCCUUCCCAGAGGCUCGUGGUCAGCAUCUGUAUAUAGGAUGUAUACUACUGUAUUUAUGAAAGCACAGAUUACUCAUCGGCGUCGCGUAAAGUGUCUUAACCUUGUGUGCCAUUUUUAAAUACAACUUUGUCUAGAACACAGUGCACAAGGCAUAGCUUACUGUGUAAGCCAAAUAAUAGAUUUCCUGAAAAUCUCAGUUCGUACAUUUUAACACACCUUUAAAUCAUGAAAAAGUAGGGUUGUGAUGCAGUUCUGCUCCUUGCCUUUAGCCAUAAGUGAUUCUGGUAAUAUCCUUCAUGUUCUUCAGUUUCUUAGCUGCAUACCCAGGUGCUGUAACUAUUAAUAAAAAUGGGUGAUGGAGUUCCACAAAGUGAUGGAUAUUGAGAACAAACUGCUUACCUCCUCCUUUGAUAGAUAUCGUGUAUAUUCAGAAGUUACUGCCUCCAUUCCUGAAAUACUUGUAUUUCCACUAAAGAGUAAGUAAACUGAGUCUUUUUGAUAGCAAAGAAGAAAAACCAACCCUAGGCUGGGUGCUGUGUGCUGCAGGAGCACAUCUGGCCAGAUUGGCUACAGUCAUUUCCCUUGUGGGAAAUGUUCACAAAUCUCUCAUUCAUAUUAAUUGCGUAAACACUUGCUACCGUAUUGAACAACUUUUUAAUUGGGUUAGUGGUAAGGAAAGACAGCAAUUCCUCAGUGUUUUCCUUGCUACUGAUGGUGGUUAGUAUGGCUAAUAUAAACGGCUACAGAGGGUUUUAGGAUACAGGAAGAAACUAGCUUGCUUUAUGACAACUAGUGACACACAAAUGUCAGAAAUUUCCAGCGUUCCAGGGCACAUGGCGGGGAGGAGGAGGACAGACGCCAAUUUAGUUCCUACCUUCCCUCAGCAAUGGGACCCGUGUGGGUGCCAUAAAGCAUCAGGGAUCACUGGAGCAGUUUCUGUGGUGGCUAUAUUGUCAUUUUUGAUAUUGCCUUAAAACAAGAUGCCUCUCGGUGAAGGACGACGUGUCUUUCUAUAUUCGUCUCUUGCGAAUAAGUAUUCACUUGCAAGCCAGCAGCUGGUGCUAAAAAUGUUUCGUCCUCAAUGUUGAGGCCUUUCUGUUUAUCAAGAAUGUGUAAAGUUGGAUUUGAAAUCAAGUUCAUCUAGCCAAUUGUUUGAGGGCUAAAAAACUUUGCUAUUUUUUUUCUUAGCAAUGUCUUGAUGUAUGCAGAGAAGUCGUUCAGCUCCUGGAAUGCCUUGCAUGCGAUACAUGCACUUACACGUUCACACGCUGUGCUUGCCUUCCUUUCUAGUCAAAGGCGAAUACGAUGGUGUCUUCACCAAGGACUGAACCUCAGAUUUACUUCUUUCUAUGAGUGGUGUUCAGUAUCCUGUCAUCAGCUCUGCUACUGAAGUGGCCACUUUCCCAGUUUUUAGAGACUCAUUUUAACUGUGCUAUAAACCCCCUUCUCCUUCCCCUAGACCUUACAGCUGCUUGAAGAUUGGAUUCUUGAACUGUGAGUCUACUUGGCUGCUCUCUAGUCAUCUUUCUUCUACUCACUGCUCCACUAUAACCGACGAAGAAUGUAAAGACUGGGGUGAAAUUCCAGGCUCGUAGGAAACGGCAGCAUGACUGCUGCUGCCAUCAACCGAGAGGAGAUUUCAGCCCAGCUUUCAGUACACGUUCAGUCUGCAGCCCAGCUCCAAGCAGCUGGAUAUCAAUUACUGUUGGAUCCUUGUAAACAACUUCUGUUCUGCUUUCAAAGAUUGCAAUGCUUAGUGUAACUGUUUCUGGUAAACUUUUAAACUUAAGGUGUUUUUUAAUUAACAUGAAUUGCUUUUUCAUAGUGUACACGUUAGUAAUAUUUACAUAAGUUCCAGUGUGGUUUUUUUACUUGCUGUGCGUAAGGUAUGAACUGUAGUCAUUACUGUAAUUAUACAAAUAGAAUUUAUUCAUUUAAAAACAUCUACCGGCCUCUUGAAAUUGAGUAUAAUGCCAUAGCAUUUCUCUAACAUAUCCCAGUAGGGCACUGAACAGUCCAUUAACAUGCAGUUACAUGGUGUCUGAUUACA